AUGCCGGCAAAGAGGCAGAUAAAACGUCCAGAUAAAUUCAAAAAUACAGAGGAUUUGGAUAUUAUUCAACGGGAAGGUCCUUAUGUCAAGGUGAAGUUCGUGGAUGACGGAAAAGAAAAAACUUUCUCCGAGUUUAGUGGUGCGUUUUUGAGUCUGAAAGAUGACUCAGAAUUAAAUUUCAACUCCCUGUAUGAAGGCCUUGUUAUCGCAGCAAAUGGGAGAACCGCCACUAUGAGAGAUGGCCCUAGAGAAAAAAGGAAAAAACAGGCUGUGGCAGCUGCAGCACAAGAAGUCGCUGCCAAACUGUAUUCUAAGGCUAACAUGCAUGUAAGAAGAGAGUUAGUUGCUCCUCAGAAUCCUGAACCAUCAGUUGUUAAUCUGAUCCCACAGCCGUCUCCAUGCUCUUUAGCCCCUCCCCAGAUUCCACAGCCGUCUCCAAGCUCUUUCAUGCCUCCCCAGAUUUCACAGCCGUCUCCAAGCUCUUUAGUGCCUCCCCAGAUUUCACAGCCGUCUCCAAGCUCUUUAGUGCCUCCCCAGAUUCCACAGCCCUCUCCAAGCUCUUUAGUGCCUCCCCAGAUUCCACAGCCGUCUCCAAGCUCUUUAGCCCCUCCCCAGAUUCCACAGCCUUCUCCAAGCUCUUUAGCCCCUCCCCAGAUUCCACAGCCGUCUUUAAGCUCUUUAGUGCCUCCCCAGAAUCCACAGCCGUCUCCAAGCUCUUCAGUGCCUCCCAAGAUUCCACACCCGUCACCAAGCUCUUUAGUGCCUCCCCAGAUUCCACAGCCUUCUCCAAGCUCUUUAGCCCCUCCCCAGAUUCCACAGCCGUCUUUAAGCUCUUUAGUGCCUCCCCAGAUUCCACAGCCUUCUCCAAGCUCUUUAGCCCCUCCCCAGAUUCCACAGCCGUCUUUAAGCUCUUUAGUGCCUCCCCAGAAUCCACAGCCGUCUCCAAGCUCUUCAGUGCCUCCCAAGAUUCCACACCCGUCACCAAGCUCUUUAGUGCCUCCCCAGAUUCCACAGCCUUCUCCAAGCUCUUUAGCCCCUCCCCAGAUUCCACAGCCGUCUUUAAGCUCUUUAGUGCCUCCCCAGAUUCCACAGCCUUCUCCAAGCUCUUUAGCCCCUCCCCAGAUUUCACAGCCUUCUCCAAGCUCUUUAGUGCCUCCCCAGAUUCCACAGCCGUCUCCAAACUCUUCAGUGCCUCCCCAGAUCCCACAGCCGUCUCCAAGCUCUUCAGUGCCUCUCCAGAUCACACAGCCGUCUCCAAGGUCUUUAGUGCCAUCCCAGAUUCCACAGCCGUCUCCAAGCUCUUUAGUGCCUCCCCAGAUUCCACAGCCGUCUCCAAGCUCUUUAGUGCCUCCUCAGAUUCCACAGCCGUCUCCAAGCUCUUUCAUGCCUCCCCAGAUUUCACAGCCGUCUCCAAGCUCUUUAGUGCCUCCCCAGAUUUCACAGCCGUCUCCAAGCUCUUUCAUGCCUCCCCAGAUUUCACAGCCGUCUCCAAGCUCUUUACUGCCUCCCCAGAUUCCACAGCCGUCUCCGAGCUCUUUAGUGCCUCCCCAGAUUCCACAGCCCUCUCUUACCUCUUUAGUGCCUCCCCAGAUUUCACAGCCGUCCCCAUCAGAACCCGAGGUUUAUACCACCUCAUUUAAUAAUGAUCUACAUCAACCCAUGCAUGACAAUGCUGAAAACUCAAUAAAUGCU